AUGUCUGUCACUGGUGUUGUAUCUUACUCAGUCACAACUCACUCUCUCUGUCUCUGUCUCGUGUGGUGACGGGAACUGGUGUACAAACUAGUAGUGUUGCCUGCUUCUAAAUUGCUGGUUCACCGGUUCACUGGUUCGAGUUUGGUGGUGCCUGCCUUGCCUUGCCCACGGUCCAGACAGCAGCAGAAUGUCUCGUCUUAUCCUGGUAACUGGGGGCGCUGGUUACGUCGGCUCCCACACCACGAUCGAGCUCCUAAUGGCGGGGUACGAGGUGGUGGUGGUGGACAGCUGUGUGAACUGCGUCGCUGGGGAGGAGGGGAAGCUGCCACCGUCCCUUAUCCGAGUGCAGGAGCUGGCUAAGAAGAGCUUGGUUGGGUUCUAUCGUGUCUCUCUCACGGAUGCUGCUGGUCUCGCUACUGUGUUUGAGAAGCACCGAGUGGACGCUGUGAUUCACUUCGCCGCAUUGAAGGCCGUCGGGGAGUCAGUGGAGAAGCCCCUCGAGUACUACCAGAGCAAUGUGUCGGGAACCCUCACUCUACUGCAGGUGAUGCGGGAGGCAGGUGUGCAUCGUCUAGUGUAUUCCUCCUCGGCCACUGUUUACGGGGCGCCACAGUACCUGCCAGCAGACGAGCAGCAUCCCACUGGUGCCGGCCUCACCAACCCCUACGGGAAGACCAAGUACUUUUGUGAGCAGGUGAUGCAGGACUUGGCGGCGUCAGACAGGGAGUGGCGGCUAGUUUCCCUUCGGUACUUCAACCCAGUGGGCGCGCAUCCGUCGGGCCGCAUUGGGGAGGACCCUCUUGGCCGCCCCAACAACCUCAUGCCCUUCGUGGCCCAGGUAGCAGUCGGGAAGCGGGAGGAGCUCAGUGUGUUUGGUGACGAUUAUGAAACGCCAGACGGGACAGGUGUGCGUGAUUACGUGCAUGUGGUGGACUUGGCGGAGGGUCACGUGAUGGCACUCGACAAGGCAUUCAGCAAGUCGUUCAGGGGCUACGCGUCGUACAAUCUGGGCACGGGCCGCGGCGUUUCUGUGCUGGAGAUGAUUGAGGCGUUCCGUAGGGCGAGUGGGAAGCCCGUGCCGUAUCGCGUGGUGGGACGUCGUGCAGGGGACGUGGCCAGCGUGGUGGCCUCCUGCAGCCUGGCGGAGCAGCAGCUCGGGUGGCGGGCGAGGCGGGACCUGCGAGAGAUGUGUGAAGAUGCGUGGCGGUGGCAGAAGCUACACCCAGAUGGCUUCAGGUCUUCCGAGUGACGCCUUCCUGCACAUUCCAAGUCUCUAAGGAAGCACACAAUAUCUCUCCCUUCAAGGCUUCCCCCUACACUUCCCUCCCCCCUGUGCCUUCCUGUACCGCUCGUCUUCCUGUCUCUUCUGUUAUUUGUCAUGCUAAUAUUGUUGAUUUUUGUUCAGUUUUUUGUCUACGUCUUUUCCUGAUUCAUUCUCUCUCGCUCAUUUUUAACGCAGGAAUAAUUAGCAGCUUUUCAUGUUUCUUAGUGAGACGCGGUGCUGGCUGUGCAUACAUGUGUACACUCAGACAUGCAUACAACAUGAUAUUCUUAAACACACAAAAGAUCCAUACAAGUCAAGUGAUAGGACUCUACCUAUAGUGUGUACAGGGCCUGGCAACCAGCGGGAUUUUUUUUUUUUUUUCCCACACUUUGUUUUCCCUUGGCCAGUGCCCUUGUAAUUUAAAAAAAAAAAAAAAAAAAAAUUAAUUGAUUAAAAGAUGUAUAUAAUGCGUAUGUAUAACGUGUAAAAGAUGUAUAUGUAUGUAUAUAUUCUAAACGUGAUACAAAUUUGAUUAAUAAAGGUGUAUAUAUA